CAUACCAUGCAGAGCACGAGUGGGCACAACGGGACAGAGAGGUUCAGUGAUGAUGGUCGAUCUAUGUUUAGUUCCAGAUGGCAGGCGCACGGCAUGCGUACGUGUCUGCAGGACCUGCCGCGGAAGACCUCACAUAAGUCGGCCGGCUGUCUGGACUUGCUGAAGUACGCCAAGCAGAGGUGACGCACGUUAUAUCAUCCCAACACAUGUUACAUUCAUUCAUCCAUUCAACAGUUAAUUUCGCCGACUUCACACGCGCCAGUCGAUAUUCAGUAGUAUUUUACUGUCAUUCCACUGUCAAUGUUUUCUUUGCCUGUAAGUAAAAUAAAACGAAAAAAAAAGCAUUUGCACUUACGGAUUGCUGGGCUUCAUUUUAUCAUUUUCAUUUCCCUGGAGUUUCUAUCGGAGUGAAGACAGUUGAAACAAGAUGUUUCUCGACAGUUGGAGGGACAGUGAAUCUGGCAGGCCCGUCAACGCCCUAAUUGGACUUGGAUGUACCGUUGCAUUACUGAUUCUGCACCAACACAACCAGCCCGUGCGGGCCUCGACACCAAUAGGUCCCGGCCCCGGCCCCUUGGCCUCUCGGGAAGGGACCGGGACGCCGGAUGCGUCCUGCCCGUGGGAGUUUCGCAGCUGCAACUGGUACUGCCCAAGUCUCCCGGAGAAGUGUACUGGAGACAGGCUGCUGCCGGACCCGUGCCGGUGCUGCACAUUGUGCAUGAGACAGACAGGAGAGAGGUGCUCCUUGCCACGCGAGGCAUGCGAUGCUGCUUUUCAGCUCACCUGCGUGAAUGGCAGAUGCAAAGGUCCAAGGAAUGUGCAGAUACGAAGUGCCUCCAUGACCUCCAUCAACCUAAGCUGGGAUCCUUUCCUUCCACCCGGCAGUGAGUUGGGACAUUACGUGGUGUUCUAUACAAGCCAGUAUACCGAGACCAUAUCGGGAUGGCCUGGUCUUUUAGAGGUGGGCAAUUCUACGUUUGCCUCCAUACGUGACCUGCAAAAAGGGGUGGCCUAUUACUUCCGGGUCAGCUACAGGCUCCCUAGACGGGGCAUAUUUAUGGAGGGACCUUUGUCGGAAGUAGCAUUACACCAGACUGGAAACCCAGCACCAACUGGGGGUUGUGAGCACGAGGCAACACAUUAUGACGAGGGUCAAACUGUCCAACAAAGCUGUGACACCGUUUGCGACUGCCUGCUGGGCCGUUGGAUAUGCAGGCCCAGAAGUUGCCCGCCCUCGCCUGACAUGGUACUCUACAACCCGGUCAAUUGUCGAGAGGUCUCGCACCCCGACGAUCCUCACUGUUGUCAGAUGAUCGAGUGCGACGAGGGACCAACUGAACCCUUAAAUCCAGCUGACUGUAUUCACGAUGAAGAGGUUCAUCGCCAUGGUGAGACGUAUUAUUACGGCUGUGAGGAGGUAUGUCACUGUGAUAACGGAAUCGAGUCCUGCGCGCAGCGCUGUCCGGAUUCGGGCUCCAUGCUGCCCGACAGUUCGUCUUGCCCGCAGCCGCAGCUGAACACCCCACCAGACGGAGAAUGUUGCCCCUACUGGACAUGUCCCCCACCUCCUGGUUCUUGUGAGAUGAACGGCAACACGUACGAAGAGGGUGAAUAUUUCGACAUCGGCUGCAGCAUGCGUUGCCAGUGUAAGGCCAACUACGUGACCUGUCUGCCAAGAUGUCCAUACAACUUCCGAGCACCCACGGAAGACUGUCUGGAGCCCAAACGGGUCCAAAUACCUGGCGAGUGUUGCAUGCAGUGGGAGUGCCCAACCACGUCCGCAACGACGGACUGUGUGUAUUUCGGCUCGCUGGGAAACAUCACCAUGGCCAAUGGCGAGUGGAUCGAUGAGGGUUGUGACCAGCGGUGUCUUUGCGAUCACGGCAGCCUGGUGUGUAUGCCCGUCUGUGUCGCACCCUCUCGCCCGUCCCCCACGCUGCUCUGCCCAACGCCGGUCAUCACCAAGCUGCGGAGUGAGGACUGCUGCAAGGUGAUAGCCUGCCACGACCCCAAGCAGCAGAGCCCUAACGUUGUUCGAGACGUUUCUGUGUAUUCUUUCAACGAUACGUCCAUCACCGUCGCGUUUGUCCCGCCAGCAAAUGAUGAACUUCUGUCACGUCUAGACGGGUACAUCAUCCGGUACACGGACAGCGAUCAGAACGUCAACCCGGAAACAUGGAACACAUUCCGAAAAGAUUUUCCAGCGGGUAUUCGAGUUCAUGGUCAUAUUAUCAUUGAGAUAACAGGGCUGUCCCGGAGAACCACCUACUAUCUACAGAUCAAAGUUAGCGUACCCGACCUUACGGAGCCCAGGUGGCCAAAUACACUGCCAUCUACAGAAACUAUCGUCAUAACCACUGUGGAAAACGCUCCACAGCCUUGCACAUACAAGAGCCAAGUCUACCAACACAACGAGCGCUUCUACGACGGGUGCGAGUCCUCGUGCGAGUGUAAGGCCGGCCGGACUAUCUGCCGCGAGCGGUGUCCACUGACCGAGCUACUGCCGUCCCACUUCUGCCCAAACCCACAACGGGUGGUCGUGGAGGGCCAGUGCUGCCCAGAGUGGAGAUGCCUACCAAAGGAGGGUGACUGUUCGUAUGGCGGCAGUAUUUAUCUAGACGGUAUGGAGUGGCGUCAGGGAUGCGAUCUGCGAUGCUCAUGUGACUCUGGGGAGGUCACGUGUCAUAAUCUGUGUAGCACCACGCCACCAGUACCUACACCUGACUGUCCAUACCCGGUACAAGUAAGCGUACCAGAUACCUGUUGCAAAGAAUGGCUGUGUUAUGAUGCCCGGCAGCCAGCUCAUGAACCACUCCCCUCUCUCGCCGUCCCCCUGUCCUCCUUCCAAAUAAACAUCACCGCCAAAGACAUCUCAGCCCACCAGGUUACGAUCUACUGGCCCCCUCUGACGGACGUCCAGCGCCGGUACAUAGCUCGGUUCCGUCUGAAGUACAAGGAGCUGUCAUAUGGUGUGAAGAAUUGGACGACUACGGUGGAAUUCAGAGCGUCAAUGGUCAGCUACACAAUUCUGGAUCUGAGACCAGCCCGGAGCUAUGUCGUGCAACUGGUGGUGCUGGUCGGGGAUCCGACUGUUGCCAUUCAUCUACCCACAAACAAAAUGGAGAUCGACACACUGUGGUUGCCAUCUUCGGAUGCUAAGCCGUACCCAGGCCGGCCGUUUGAGAUCAAAGCCAUAGACAUCAGCUCAGAAUCAAUCACGGUGCGCUGGACCAUGCUACCCGUAGAAAUAGCCGAGCAUAUCAUAGGCUGGCGCCUAUUGGUCACUGACUCCCAAGAAAGCCGUGUAAUCUCAUCCAACAUCGUGGAGCCCACGGCUCUGUCUGCCGUCGUUGGCAACCUGACGCAGGGGACCAUAUAUCACGUACAGCUGCUGGGGCUUUGGGAUAAUGGGACACUCACCCGAGAGGUCAGGUCCCAGACCUUGGUUGUUAAAACAAGUCAAGAAAAAGAUGUAAGCAAACCUGCAUCUUUCUCAUCGGGUCGUGCUAUAGGGGGCGCUAUCGUAGCCCUCUUCAUACUGGUAGCCUUGGUUGUAAUUGUUGUGUACGUACGGGUGCGCAAGUCCAGAUAUUCCAAGAGGUAUGACGUGUACAUGCACAACACCACCGUCAACUACGAUACAGGCGCAGGCUACGAACAAGUCUACUCCAGUACCGCAUCGGGGUUAGAUGAGGAAGUAAGAGGAAAUGGGCUGACUAUCCGCAGAGAUAGCGAAGCUGGACUAUUGGAUGCGGCAGACUAGUUGGAGAGGAAACUGCUACAACGCGCUUAGUGUGGAACACCAAGAUGAAAAAUUAUUUCUUAAAUGUAUGAGUUGGAUAUAUAUUAGUUUUAUAGACCGGGUUGUUCUAGUUGUGAAAGCACAGUACUUAAUAAGUUCUUUGUGUAAUUCAGUGUUUCGAAGAUCGAGCUUUGUUAAAGUGAAAAGUUGCAUAAACGAUCUUAAAAGGAUUAAAAAAAAGUUAAAAUGUGAAACGUUUAAAUUAAGGUUUAUAGAAAAAUGUGUUCUGUUCAGUGUGUUUUAAUUUCUUUAAAAACUGUGUCCGGACUCCCCAUUGUCUCUUUCAAAAGUCGCAUGAAAGGAUGAACUGUUUUAAAAUGACAAUGUCCUCUUUUCAUGGAGGUUUUAGGGCUUGUUGAAAUUAAUUGGCUGCCUCUUCAAAUUACACGCCACUCAAUGGGAGCUGGCUGCGGCCAUUACCCUAGACUUGGCAUGCAUGGAAUUUCAAGCCGAAGCCAAGUUAUUCGGAUACUGCGUUAAAUUAUGUUAUGACAUCUAACAUUAUGAAUGUUAGAUGUGGCAUCCCAAAAAGCAGCCUUAUUCCCAGGACCUAUGUGGUUAGAUUCUUACCUCAGUUGUCUGCAGGAGUUGGAUGACCUCGUGCCCAACUGUCCCGCUCAAGCCAGCUAAACACUUAUCAGCUCUGUCAAGAUGUUUCGACGAAUUACGUGGCAGUGCCACAGCAAUUAUAUCACUGGUUAUUAGCAGAGACCCCGCCUUGCCGGUACUCUUUCUUGACAGCCGCUACGUACAGUACCAAGCACAAUCAUGCUUGCCCCAUCAACGGGGGUCAUCAUGUCAUUGGGAGUGUCCAGGAAAACGUCACUAGAUUUGUCUGUACAAUGACGCCAACCCUUUAAGGAUAAUUAACGGGUACUUGAAGGAGGCUUUGCCAGUGGUACGUCAAGUGCUGUUUACAUUUGUUUACGUAAUCUCUUGUUGGCCUUUAUCAUUUAGAAGAUGGACGAUUAAAUUUAUUUGUGAGUACUAUG